CGUUCACCUGGGACCAGAAUGAGCGUCGCUGGUUGCCAAGUGCAACGUAUGGCAAACUUGAACUCAAGAGUUUAGGCUACUUCACGCCACGAACUUGAUUUUGUAUACUUUAAAACACCGUUUCGUUUCAAUGUUGGCUGGCGGUGGUGGGGAAUGUCAUAUUGAUUCAUUCGUGUUUUUUGCUAAACAUAAGAUAGCGUGUUUAUUUGCUAACGUUGCAAGUUGUCAUUGACUUGAAUAGCUUGCAAGCUUGCCAAUUAACCGGUAACGUUAGGCUAUUUCAUUUAACCAGCCCGCUAACAGUUAUAGGCUGUGUCAGUGAAAAUAACAGAAGAUUUUUUUUUGCGGCUGCAUGGCACUAUCUGAGAUUACGGCUUCAUUUUCAAAGUUAGGUAUGCCUACAGAUGAUAGGGAUGACAGUCUUCGUGCCACCUUGACAGCUCAGAGAGAUGCUACAGCCUUCUUUGAGAAGUAUGACAGAAGGGAGCUCCAGGAGUUGCUGACUCUCACAACCUGUAACUGGCUAAUGUGCGGUGAUGAUUUCACUCUGCCUGUGGAGUUGCCUCCUGGAAUCAUUAAACAAAUGAAAAACUUCACGCAGUCCAACAUCACUGUCCUUGCGCCUUAUGACUCAAGUACGCUACUGGAUUACAAAGUUGUCCAUCAAAUCAUCAGGGAACUUACAGUUGGAAUCUACUGCUUUAAUCAAGUCCCAAUCAUCAGUCUUGAACCCAAUUAUGAUAAGAGCACCACGUGUCAGCUGACACCUGCUUAUUUUGAUACUAAAGUGGGGCAGAUUUUGAUCAACAUAGACUACACGAUCAAAGCUCUCUGGCAUGGGGCGAUAAUUCCCAGAGACAAACGGGUCCGUUUUUCUGAACUGUGGCGAUCCAGUAUGGGAGUGGAUUCCAGCGGAGUCCCACAGACUAAGAAGAACAUGCUUACAGAGUUUCUUACAGCAGGUUUAAUGGACAUUUCAGAGGAUCCUGCAUACCAGGGCAUAUACGUCGACCCUAGCCCCGACCCUACCUAUAACCCAAACCACACGGAUGAGGAGAGGCUCUUUCAACAGUACUCUGACAGCGUCCUGCUGAAGCUCACGUCCUACCUGACCGCCACCCAUCAGCAGGAGAACCUGUUCUCGUUCGAGAGCACCCACAGUCUGGCCAGCGGGCUGCGGCUCACCGAGGACAAACUGGAGCUGGCCACCUACCAGAGGCUGCAGCAGCGGCUGGCUCGCCAAGUGCGGGUGGUAAGGGAGAGCCUGGCGCGGCGGCCCGACGUCCGCACAGACCUGGCCUACCUCCACCUCAUCACCUUCCUGGUGCCCCUACUGGUGGGCCUGAAGAAGAAGAUGAAGAUCCCAGACCUGUCAAAGGUGCUUCCAGGUUUCUCAGGAGAUAAACUGAAGACGGAGAGGGAGCUGCCUCCUCUCAUCCUUGGACCUGCAUUUGCUUGUAAGCAUUUUCCAUACAAGGAAUAUGAAUACUUUCACCUGCAUGGUGGGAUUGAAAUUGAUGUGGGGACGCCUAAUCUCGCAGAGUUUUCUCAGGACAUUAAGGGGAAUUUCACUAAUAUCCAGAGACUUGCGGCUGAUUGUUUGAAUGACCUUCUUCAUCAAGACACAACGUACAAAGAACACUUCCCCAUACCGGUUAUUGACAUUGAUGGGAAAAGCUAUCAUGUGAUCUCCAUUGAGUUGGGGUCCCUCUACCCCCAGCCCUGCCUGACCCAGUGGUGGGAGGCUCUGAAUAGCUCCAUCAAAGCCCUCAGGAAGAAACGCCUCCCGCUAACGGACAUUCAACUCCACGAGGAGUUUAAGAAGACCUUUGGGUACAAGAAGGCCAUUCAGUGUAAGAGUGUGCCAUUUGGGCUGAGGGCGGCGGCCGAGCGUGGCCUGUCGGCUGUGUUUCAGACGCUCUGCCGUAAGAAUUCACCGUCACAUCUGGGCGCCAUUGACGAGCAGGGCUACACACUGCUUCACCAUGCCGCCAUUCACAACCAGACACACGUUGUGUGCCUGCUGGCCGUGGCGGGGGUCAACCUGAACCAGGCGCGCAGCAGGAGGUUCAACCACACAGUCAAGAAUGGAGUGGAUGUGCAGUUAAAAGAAGGAACAGGACCCACGCCACUGCACCUGGCUGCACAGUGCGGCUCCCUAGAGGCCCUGAACUGUCUGCUGGCGCUGCAGGCUGACUACACAAUAGUGGACCGCAGAGGCUGGAUGGCCGUCCACUUCGCAGCCUACUACGGCCACGUGGCCUGCAUCCAGGCGCUCUGGAGAAAGGACGCUGAUUUGGUCGAGUGUCGCACCAAUGCUGAGUACCGUAGCUCUCCACUGCUGCUGUCUGCUACAUCAGGCGCUGUGGAGGCUCUGCAGUACCUGCUGUCCAUCGGUGCAGACUGGAGGCAGACGGACAGCAAAGGCAACAAUGCUGUGCAGCUGGCCGCUCUUUACUUCCACAUAGACGUCCUGUUGCUGCUCACUGAGUUGAACUUGGAAGGGCUGCCUGUAUGGAAGAUCCUUGUAGACAUGCUCCACAGUGAGGACCAUAGGAGACUGGAGAUGUCCAUCAGGUGUCUGGAGGUGCUCUGUGUGAGGGUGGACACCUUUUGGAAAGACAUCAUGGAUGCAGGUGGGAUAGUGUCUCUGGUGGAGCUGCUCCGCAGUGGCAAGGCCCUGUUCCAGCGGCUGGCGGCGGCCGUGGUGUGCCACGUGUCGGAGCGGCCGCCGGUGUGCGAGGCCCUGGUGCGGUACGGGGCCGUGCCGGCGCUGGUGCACCUGCUCAGCUGCCCCCAGCCCGAGCUCCACUCGCGCUGCGCCGUCAUUCUGGCCGACAUGGCCGCACACAGUGACCAGUACAAGGUCCUCAUCGCCCAGCUGGGUGGGAUUACCCUCCUGGUGAAGCUGCUGAGCUCCAGCCUGCAGGACGUGCUGGUGAAUACCGUGCGAUGUCUACGGACCCUGUGUGUGGGCAGCCCUGCCAGCCAGAGUGCUGUGGCACAGUCUGGGGGGAUUCCCCAUCUGGUGGAGUUCCUGAUGGUCAAUUCUGAAGCCCUGCAGGAGGAAGCGUGUCUGGCUUUAGCGGAACUGGCCCUCGGCCACCGGGAGAACCAGGAGGACAUCUGCUCGGCCGGAGCGGUGAGCCCUCUGGUGCGGAUCCUACGCAGUCGCAGGAUGCCUGCCCAGGUCAAGGCUGCCAGAGCAUUAGAGGCCAUAGCUGACCACAACGCCACAAUACAGACUCGCUUUUUGAAAACGUCUGCCACCAAACACCUCCUGCGACUCUUGAAGGUGUUUCAGGUGGACAUCCGAGAGCAGGGAGCCGUGUCUCUGUGGGCCUUGGCUGGACAGACGCUGCGGCAGCAGAAACAGAUGGCCGAGAGCAUCGGCUACCACUACAUCCUGGACCUGCUUCUGUCCUCCUCUGAUAGGAUGCAGUAUGUUGGUUGCCAAGCGGUCAUUGCCCUGAGUCACGACUGCUCUGCCCACCAGAAUGGCCUGCUGAAGGAGAACGUGGUGCCCCCACUCGUACGUCUGCUCCGGGGGACCCGCACCAAAGAGAGGACCCUCCUCAGCGUCAUCACCGCCUUGGCCAGUCUAUGCAUGGGUGUAGCCCAUACAAACAAUACAACCUCUCAGGGAAUCAUCUAUGAAGAGAAAGCUAUUCCUACUCUUUUGGAACUGUUGAAGACCCAUGAGUCCCUGCAUGUCAAGGUUCAAGUUGCCCAGACUCUAGCUUGUGUAUUGCUGGGAAACCUGGAUCUCCAAGCAGUGUUUUGGGAGCAAGAGGAAUUCUCAUAUGAAAUCAUCCUGGAUCUCCUGCAAUUACCUCACAAGAACAUCUGCCUGGAGGCUGGCUAUGCCUUAUCUCUCUUUGCAUACAACAACACAUCCCAGCAAACAGCCAUACUGAAGACUGGAGGAGUUUCCAUAGCAAUUUAUGAAUCCUUCUUGGAGUCAGAUAAUGAAACUGAAAGAGCCAAAGCAGCAUUUCAGACAGUUGUGCUGGCUAAGGUGAUAACAGACACAGACCAUGUGACUCUGUCUGCCAGAGGUGUAACAAUCCUCUCUGAGCUGCUCCAGUCACACAGUCCUGAUACCGUUGUCUUAACAGCUGAAUUGCUAGCCAGCCUGGCUCACACCAGAGCCGGUAUCCCAGACGCCAUUGUCACUAUGGGGUCCGUGGUCCACCUCUCAGCUCAUCUUAACUCACCAGAGGAAGAGGUGCGCACUGCGUGUGCGACUGCACUUGGGUACCUCACCUUCAACCGUCACGCUCACCGUCUGCUGCUGGUGGAAUGCCGGAACACUCCGUCUACGUAUGACCUGCUGACUCAGCACCUCAGUGAAGACGCCAAAAUAUCAUCAGUCUUCACUGAUGAGUUCAGAAGACAGAAAAUCGUUGGCCUUCCUUCUCUAAGCUUGGAGAUAAAUGGAGGUCCGCCUGUACUUCAACGAAGUGCGACAGGUAUGUCCAAGCGGCUGAGUGACACAACUGGUCUGUCGGAGUCUAAGACUCGCUUUGAGAGGACCAAGUCUGCCCCAGUGCUUCAGCUCCACAGGGCGAAGAGCCGACCAGCCACCGUCAGAGCAGGCACUUCACACGGCUCACGGUUCACCCACGAGAGACCCCCGCAGGACGAGGCGCGCUAACAACUCCUCUACUACUCAGAGCUGCAUGAAGAACCAUAAUUUGAACCAUUAAGAACAUCACAGAACUGAUGACUAUGAGACCUAACACUAGAAAAGCUGAGACAUCUCCACAUCCAUGUGAAAAUAUGGUCAGAUGACACUGAAACAUGAAAGUUUUGAAUAAAUAGCAAAGA